AUGGCGCCCCCUUACCUCUCCCGGAUAGACUGCAAUUCGAAACAGGCGCACUGCCAGAAUCAUCAUCAACAAUUCUACGACUACACGCAAGGUGCGACGUGUCAGCCCUUGUGGAUCCCAACACCAACACUAUAUUCGUCCCAAUACCAAGUAGAAUAUUCACCGCCGGGGUCUUUCGUGGUCCCUAGUCCAACAAUGCAGUCCACACAGCAUCUCCCCCCUCUCACCUACGACUCCUCACCAGACCAACAAGACUUAGACAUGGCGGGCCUCGAGCUCGAUUACGAUAUCCUCAACCAUCCGAGCUUCCUGCCCGAUUUCAAUCUGAGCGAGUACUACAAGGACUUUACCUUGUUCACAUCGAACCAAAGCUUCAUUCAAUCACCGCUUUCCAACGCCAGCUUUUUCCCCAGCCUCGACUCAUACAACUCCCCGAUGGCAGCGGCUCCUCAGCAAGUCCACAGGUUUUGCUGCCAGUUUGCCGGCUGCACGCUGACAUUUGCGCGUCAAUGCGAGCUGACGCGGCACGGGUACAAGCACACUCGGCCCUUCGGAUGCCCCCACUGCGGCCGCACUUUUGCAGAGAAGCGUCGAUGCGUCCAGCACAUCCAAUCAGUGCAUGACCUGGCAACCGACGAUGAUAAGACCAUGUGUCAUGUGUGCAACUACGCGCACGUCAGGCCCGACGCAGUCAAGCGGCAUCUGCGGUUGAAGCAUGGCAUUGGGGCCAAGUUUGAGCGCCCAUCGCCAGCAACGUCGACUGACCACUCGGACAGCCAGGGUGGGCGUAGGAAGGGUAGGAGCGGGAGGAGGUAG